UCUCGUUGAUGGCAUCCGCCAGUCGCCAGGAAAGCGAAGAGACAUUCAACUCGAGAAUGUCAACUGCUGGACUGAAAUUCGGCGGCAGGUUUAAACCGAGUGAUUGUAAAGCUCGAAAUAAAGUGGCCAUCGUUGUCCCUUAUCGAGAUAGAAAAUUUCAUUUGAAAAUAUUCUUACGUUACAUGCAUCCCUUCCUGCAACGACAACAACUUGAAUACGCCAUCGUCGUCGUAGAGCAAUCGGACGAUUUGCCGUUUAAUCGCGGACUGCUUAUGAAUAUCGGCUUCAAAGAAGCCCAGAAACAGGAUCGCUUUCAAUGUUUCAUCUUUCACGACGUCGAUCUACUUCCGGAAGAUGAUGGCAACACUUACGCUUGUCCGGAAGUAGGAAAACCUCGACAAAUGGCCUUCUCCAUCGACAUUUAUGACUACAAGCCAACGCCCAUCGAUCAUUUCGGAGGUGUCAGUGCGUUUUCAACUUCCGAUUUCCGACGAGUCAACGGUUUCUCGAACGUAUUUUUUGGUUGGGGCAGUGAAGACGACGAUUUGUACCGGCGUUUACUACACCACAACCUGACCGUGACGCGGAUAAAUAAUCUCAACACCAGCACUAUUGUCCGCUAUAGAAUGUUUGACCAUCCGGUAGCUGAACCCAAUCCGGAUCGGAUGCGGUUGUUUGACCAAGGAACUAGGCGACUCGAGUCCGAUGGGCUGGUCGAUCUGAGAUACCGUCGACUUUCAGUGAAAUUCAAACCGCUUUACACCCACAUUAUUGUUGAUGUUCAACCUCAAAUGCAUAAAACCCAAAAGUUAUCAGACUCAAAAUGA